AUGCUUAUAGAAAUUGUACCAUUAUAUAGUAAUAACUUUUAUAGUACUCUGUUGAUAAUAAAAGAUUUUAAUGUAGCAAAAGAAAAUGAAGGACUAACAUUAAAGGGUAAUUUAAAUGUUAAGGAUGAAGAGCAAUCAUCAGAUAAAAAUGUUUUAAUACCAAGUGAAGAAAAUAUAAAUGUAGAAAAAGAUAAUUGUAAAGAAUUAUAUAAAUAUGAUUAUGUUAAUAAUAAGAGAGAUUUUUAUAAUGACAGAAAGGAUAAUAAUAUUUACAUUUUGAUAAAUUGUGGAUGGGAUGAUAAAUUUUGUCUUGAAGAUAUAAAAAAUGUUAUAAGGGUAUGUGAAGUUAUAGAUUUGAUAAUAAUAACGAAUCAUAAUUUAAACUGCAUUGGUUGCUUACCAGUAGUGUUUAUGGAAUUAUUAAAAAGAAACAAAAAGGUUCCUAUAAUAUGUCAUGAAUAUAUUAAAUCAUAUAGUAAAUAUAUUUUAUUAAGUUAUUUGAAAUGUAAUUAUAAUUGCGAAUAUUUUAAAAAUUUCAAGGAAAAUGAAUAUAUAGAAAUAAUUAAUAAUUUAUAUGAAAAUAUUAUAAUAUUAGAAUUUAUGGAACAUUAUGUUUUUAAAAAAGUAAUAUGUCAGAAAACAUAUAUUGAAUAUAUCUUACCAUUAUAUUUGAUAAAUAAUGGAGAUAAUAUAGGUUCUUCAGCUGUUAUUUUAAAAUUAUUUAAUAAUAAAAUUUUAUAUUCUAUAAAUUGUAAUUUAGAAGAUUAUUCUUUUAUAGAAAAAUCACAUGUAAUAAAAGAAUCAAAUGUUUUUACAUAUAUUAGUAACUUUCAUUAUUCAAAUAAAAAUUGUACUAAGAUGAUGGAUAUGAAAAAUAUUUUGAAUACUGUAAAUAAAACUAUAAACAAAAUGGGAUGUGUGCUCCUACCUGUUGAUAUAGAUAGCAUAUUUAUUGAUCUUUUGUUUCACAUUAAUGCUUUAUUAGAAGUGUGUUCACAAAGAUAUAUGCUCUUAUUUUUAUGUCCAUAUGGAGAAAAUUUCAUAAGACUUCUCUUUACGUCUCUAACCUACAUGAACGUGCAUAUAAAAAACAACUUCCAUAAGAAUCGAAUUAAUUUAUUUAAAAUUAAAAAUUUAAUAUGUUUGAAGAAUUACAACGACUUUAAAAAAUAUGAAGAUACAUAUUACAUCAUGUUUUCCUUUCCAUCGACUUUAAACAAUGAAUCUGUCAAAAGGAUUCUAUCAACAUUUUUGAAUAAAGAAGAAAAUCUUAUUUUAUUUACAAAAGAACAAACAGGACAAGAAAAUAUGUCAAGCAAUAUAUGGGAGCAUUUUAGUUCGAAUGAGCAAAAUAAAGAAAAAGAGAAAACUAGCCAUUUUAAUUUUUCAUAUGUGGAGAAUAUAAAAUAUGAUGAUAAAAUGUUGUAUGAAAUAUAUUUGAAAGAGAAGGACAAUAUUCAGAAUGAAAUACUACAAAAGAAAGGAGAAGAAAAGAAAAAGAAAAAAAUUAAAAGGAGUGUUAAAAAAAAUAAACAGAUGAAUUUUAUUUUUGAGUCUCAUGAAGAAAUGCUUUACUUAAAAAAGGAAAACAAUUUUGUUGACAAAAAAAAAGGAAUAAAAUGUAAAAAGGAGGCUUGGGAGGAAAAUAAUGAUACGCUUGUCAAAAGUGAAAAGAGUGAUGAUAAUAAUAAGAACGAUGAUAAUAAUGAUGAUAAUAAUGAUGAUGACAAUGAAGAUAAUAAUGAAGAUAACAAUGAUGAUAACAAUGAUGAUAAUAAUGAAGAUAACAAUGAUGAUAAUAAUAACGAUGAUGAUGAAAUUUACGACGAAUCUUCUAAUAGUAGUAAUUCCAACGAUUAUGAUGAAGAAGGUUAUUUUUUAAAAGGAAAUAAAAAAAAAAAUUAUUUAUACAGAAUAAACACGUUUAAUGAAGAAGAUACAAGUGAUGAUGAUGAUAACCAAAUUGAUGAUAUAAACAAAUUAUCUGAUCAUAAUGAAAGUGAUGAUGAUGACGAUGAUUUCAAUCAUCACAUAAAUAAUAAAGGUAACAAUGGAAAAAAAAAAAACAAGCAAAAAAUGUACAGAACUUUUUCUUAUCAAAAUGAUAAUAACUAUAAUGAUGAUGAAAAUUCCUCCCAGUCAAUUAAUGAUGAUGAUGAUGAACAAUAUUAUAAAAAAGAACUUGUGGAAGAUGUAAAGGAUGACUUUUUAAAAAAUAAAAAAAAAGUGAGAAUAAAAAUGGAACCCUUGAAUGAUGAUAAUGACAAUAAUUAUGUUGAGGAGGACGAUUAUAAAAUUUCAGGGGCAGAUGAAAAGAAAAUAUCGAAUAAUAUAAAAAAAGAAUUAUAUUUUUAUGAUAAUAUGGAACAAAAGUAUAAUCAAAAUGAAGAUGGUGAUUAUGAUGAUGAUGAGGAAGAGAAAGAUGAAUAUGUUAAAAACCUUUCGGGUGAUAAAAAAAAAAACAAAAAAAGAAAUAACAAUAUGAAUCAAACAAAUUAUCACUAUGAUAAUUAUAAUAUGAAAAAGAAUUUAGAUGAAUCAGAAAACAUGUCAGAUUAUUACCAUAUAAAUAAAGGAAAACAUAUAUUAAAUACAAAUAACACAUUCAAUAAUAAUACAUUAGAUGCAGAUUAUAAACAUCAAAAUAGUAGACAAAUGAUAAAUAAAAAAAUGGCAUGGAAACAUAAAUUAUUUGUUUACUUAAAAAAAAUACCAACUCAAGAAAAAAAACAAAAUGUAUCUAUACCUAUUGAAUGUUUAAUAGAAUUAUAUCAUUUAGAAAAUUAUAUUAAUCAAAAUACAUUAAAUACAAUAAUACAGUUUAUGAAACCGAAACAUUUUGUUUUGCUUCCUACAUAUAAUAGUUACUACUCCUUUCAUUUAGAAAUGUUAUUACAUUCAAAUAUAAGUACAUAUGAUUAUACAAAAAUUUAUACUUUCUAUAAUCCAAAUUUUUAUAAUACUAAAAAUCAUAACGAAGUGUUUUUUAAACGUUAUUUUUGCUUAAACAACAAGUCAAUUGAUUCAGUUCAUAUUCCUUUAAAUAUGAAUUAUGAAAAUAUAUAUAUAAGAAGUAUAUAUAAUUUGAUUAAUACGAAAAAUUGUCAGGAUGAUAAGUUUCAAAUAUAUAAAAUUAAAGCCACCAUAUCAGAUGUAUCAUCAAAAAAUAAAAAAGAUGUCUACGAAAAUUAUAGGAGGAGGAAAAGAUUUAUUAAUGAACACAGCACCUUUUGGAACGAAUACAAUGACGUCAAUUACAUACUAAGAUUAGCAGAUGACAAAAAAUAUGAAGAAGACAAGGAGGAAGAAAACAUUCCCAGUGAAGAUAAAGAAAAAGAAAAACAAAAAAGUAAUGAAAGAGGGUUUUUAAAUUUUUAUAUCGAUGAUGAUAAAGAAAAUGAAAACGAUGAAUUUGAUGAAGAUUCUAUUGAUUUUUCAGAUUCAUGUUUAUCAUCAGAUAGACAAGAAUGUAUAUUAUCCAAAGAUAUGAAUGAAGAAGAAGAUAAUAAUAAAAUAGAGGGAAAUUUAUAUAUUGGAGAUGUAAAUAUGCAAAACUUAUGCACAAAUAUACAUGCUGUUUUUAAUAGAUCAUUAAAUUUUGUAGAUGAAAAUCAAAUUAUAAUUAAUGGAAAUACAUGUGUUAAAAAGGAAGUACAGACAAAAGAACAAGUUCAUAAUAAUAAUAGUAAUUUCAUAUGGCGCAUUGAAAGUUCAUUAGAUCCUACAUUUUAUUUCGUACGAAAUAUUUUAAAGGAUAUGUACAAUAAUGUAUCUAUAUAA